AUGGUGUCAUUUGAUGUCGUCUCACUCUUCACGUCCAUACCACGGGCCCUUGCGGUCGAAACGCUCAGCGACCUGCUACAACAGAAUUACGAUGAGGGUGAUGGGUUCACGGUUCAGGAUCUCAUAGAACUCAUGUGGCACUGUCUCAAGACAUUCUCCACCUAUGAAGAGGCCACAUACGAGCGAAUUAAGGGCACUCAGAAGGGUUCACCAAUCUCCGGGCCUAUUGCCGAGGCGCUUCUGCAAAAACUUGAGGACUGUUCGAGAAGUACAAAGCAAAUUUUGGGCACGCCACGUUGA